UUGCUGGACAUGUUGACAGCAGAUGCCGCAGCAAAACACGGCCACGAGUAUUCACCGCCCCGACCUUCUGACAGUCGUCCUAGCAAUGGACAUUUCCUUUCGCAAAUGCCACUCUCCAUCUUUAAUUCAGUCAUAAGAGGGCAUACCGCUCCUCAAAAUGUCCCAUCUCCUUUCGUAGAAGAAUCAACGUCGCAGGUCGAUGCCCCCGAACGAACUAAAGCCGAUCGAACAGUCGUACACGAGCAUGACAGUCCUAUACUCUCCCCUCCUCCCUCCCGGCCAGUGUCUUCAGGAAGCAAUGGCUCUCUUGCAGAGAAACCAAAGAAACGGGGCCACCGUCCCAAGACGAUCUACAAUCUAGCGCAGCCGCCCCCUUUCACUGGUCCCCGCCAGAAACUACACAUACGUCCCAAAGUCCUUCUGCAGUUACAUCAAGUCUAUUCGCAACGCCGGCCGAAACCAGUUUACGAAGUAAUACCCUUUUCGCUCCUUGCUCCUCGAUCCACUCGCCGCCUUGCCCGUACCUUCAAUACCAAAGGAAAGCUUUGUCCCAAUGAUCUAUUGAUUGUCAAGGCAGACACAUACGAUGCCAGUGAGGAAGAUGAGAAGUCGGAUGAUGAGCGUUGGGGAACCAGGGAUGUCAUGGGCAUAAUUUGCCCGUCGAAAAAGGGGGACAAAGAGGCGAUGGAGAAGACAGAGAUACUCCUGGACGAUGGCUCUCAUUGGGACGUUACACUUAUGCCGAAUGGUGGCUAUGAAUUUACCUGUGUUGAUGAGCAUGGCUUACUAUUGAAAUCCCGAUGGAUUCCGAAACCGGUGCAUUCUCGUCGAGUUUCUACCAUGUCCAGUUCCUCUCAGGGACAAGCUGCGACGGGACUUGGAUCGGACCUGAAGUUCAAUUUCAGCACCAUCAGUGCUAAUUCGCGGCGCCAUCCAGUCAUUGCAACUAUGUCUCGAGCAAGCAUCAACGUUCUGGAUUCAUACAAGAUGCCCGACGUGACUUCACCUACUACUCCUGUUUGCAACACCGCGCCGAUAACCCCCGACCUCACCCCGAAUGAGUGUCCCUCAAGAACAACUGAUGAGACACUUCGUCGCUUCAUCGUUGCAUCUGGCAUAUGGGUUGCCUUUUCUGAACACUGGUCGGUAGCCUACAACAAUUCGAAAAAUGUCCUUUGCCCACUACCUCUCUCUACGGCUCUGAUCCCACCACCAAACCGCACCGUAUCUAUGUCUUUCAUUGACACCCCCCGGUCUAUCUCCCCUGCAUCAACCCUGGAUGAUACUCGUCGGAGUAUCCCGAAAUUAAUACGGGCCAGUACCCAGAAAUUACAGCGCCGAAGCAGCUUCACCAACCAGCCUCUUUCGCCAGUUUCCACAAGAGUUUCGCCAUCCUCAUCUCCCCGCAUCACGAAUCGAUCUCGCCGCUCUAAUUCCACUGGCAAUGCCGACCUCAAUAUAAAACGGGGCAGUUUCCGCUUACGCCAUGGCAUGGCUUUCGAAGAGCUACCACUGCCCGAGACCGAGGAGGAACGUGUGAGCAAGCACAGUAUUGAAAGGCUGCGAAUAAGAGAAGUCGGCCUUCCUGAUACACCCCCGGACAGUCAGACAUUGAAUUCGAGAGCUCUGAAGGCGCAGUCUGCCUACGAGCCAGUUACAACUGCUGGAUUGUGGGACUCGGGGGUCACCGAAGGAAAGGGCUUGAAAUCACGCCCUACAAGCAUGUUCGUGAUGAACGAGAAGAAAGAGAAGGCCAAAAAGAGGGAAGCACGAUCGAGGAGCAAA